GGCGUGGCCUCGUGGGGAGGCAUCGCCCCCAGUAUUUCCGACCCGGAAGGGAACACUCCCAAUCCUCCUGCACUUCGUCGUUGAAGGGGCCAAAGGACUUUAAUGCCUCACGACUGGCUGGCUUACCUCGGACUUUGGGUGUAUAAAAAUGGGAUGAGGAUAGUCCAUCGGAGGUUGUGGUCUGUUGCUUUGGGCGGUUCUUCUCUUCAACACCAGGGUUGCUGGGUUUCUCCUCUUGGAUCCGUAGGAGACUCACUGUCCCUUCAUAAUUUCAAAGUCUUCCUUUUAGAAUUAUGGUUUUAUCUCUUUCAUUGCCUCGUGGAUCAUGGAUUGAAGUUAUGAGGAGCAUGUUCUCAAAUUUGGCAGAAGAAAUUGCAGAUGUUCCAACAAUGUCUACCGACUGCUCUGAGAAGGGUGGCAAUAUGUGGUUAACUGGUUUCCAAAGGAAUGAUUCAAGACCCAAAAUGGCAUCUGCUGGUUCCUUGACUGCUUCACUAAGCUUCAAAGAUUGGGAAUCAACCGAUAGUAAGCUUGGAACUGCUGCUUCAUCUGAGGAUCAGGACAAGGAAGAUUAUAAGAAAGAAACUUCAUCUAUGAGAAGCAUAGAAAAUGUUGCAGUUCCCAAUUCGAACACAUCAAAUUGCUUCUUGUUAUCACCAAAUCCGAUGAAUGAGUUUGAUGCAGCAGCUGUUAAACUCCAAAAGGUGUACAAGAGUUACCGGACUCGAAGAAAUCUUGCAGAUUGUGCAGUUGUGAUUGAGGAAUUAUGGUGGAAGGCUUUGGAUUUUGCAUCUCUUAAGCACAGUUCUAUAUCAUUUUUCACUGAUGGAAAACCAGAGACAGCUGCUUCACGUUGGGCUAGGGCACGGACUCGGGCAGCCAAGGUUGGUAAGGGUUUAUCCAAAGAUCACAAGGCACAGAAGCUGGCACUUCAACACUGGCUUGAGGCUAUUGAUCCACGACAUCGAUAUGGACAUAAUCUAAACCUAUAUUAUGAUGUCUGGUUCAAAAGCGAGAGUACACAACCUUUCUUUUACUGGUUGGAUGUUGGAGAUGGCAAAGAAGUCAUUCUAGAAAAUUGUCCUAGAAUCAAGCUUCAGCAACAGUGUAUUAAAUAUCUUGGACCGAAAGAGAGACGGGCAUACGAAGUCAUCAUCAAAGAUGGUAAACUUUUCUAUAAACAAAGUGGGAUAUCUGUCAACAGUGUUGAUGGUACUAAGUGGAUAUUUGUUCUCAGCACAUCCAGGACAUUGUAUGUUGGGCAGAAAAUAAAGGGUUUGUUUCAGCACUCAAGUUUUCUUGCUGGGGGUGCCACAACAGCUGCAGGGCGAUUAAUUGCAAAGGAAGGGAUUCUAAAGCGUAUAUGGCCGUAUAGUGGACAUUACCUCCCAACUGAAGAGAACUUCAAGAAGUUCAUCAACUUUCUUCAAGACAACGACGUCGAUCUGACUGACGUCGAGAGAUAUUCGAUCAACGAAGAUGAUGAAUGCUCCUCACUCAGUCAGCCCAGAAAUGACAUAGUAACCGAUAUUGACGAAAUGGUCUUGAUAGCAGAGAAUCCAAAAAUGCUCCAGACUAGAGACGAGAGUAAAACUGAGACAGAAGAGGCUCAGAAGCCUGAAUACCAUGAGACCAAGAUCAAGCCGACAUUUGAAUUGGGCAAUCACAUCCAGCGCAACUGGACAACCGGUGUUGGCCCUCGCAUUAGCUGCGUCAGGGACUACCCUGUAGAUCUGCAAUUCAAGGCGCUCGAACAAUUAAACCUUUCACCUAAGGUCACCCCCUCUUCUGUCGGAAAUAGUGGUCCUAUCCCCUCACCUCGCCCAUCCCCUGAAAUUAGACUUUCUCCUAGGCUUGCUCAGAUGGGUCUACCUGUCCCCAUGAUCUCUCUUACUCUUCCUAAAUUCCAACACAACAAUAACUAAUGACCAGGUGCACCAACUCCAGCCAAAUUGCCCAGGCAGAGCUUCAUUUGUCAUCUGAAGAGAUUUUUGAUGCCAUGGACUGUGGCACGUGCUACCUUAACAACUUGUGCACUGACAAACACCAUAGACUGAUGCUUGCACAUAUGCGAGGAAGAAGGUCACCAUACUCGCAGACCAAUAUCUUUCUGUACUAAGUUUCUGAUACUUGUAUUUGUCUCCUACAUGUCUAACUCUUUUUUCUCUUUCUGGUGUUGUCAUUAGUGUGAGGUCCAAUCAAAAUACAAUUUGUUUAAGUGUCCAUAGUUUUUCAUAGCAGGUGUGGCAUUAAUUUUGGAGAAAUUUCUCUGAGAAGAAAUAAAGUUUCUUGUAAUUCCACUGUCUUGACACUUAAUGUGUAUGUUACUUUUCUUCUUUUUUUCCUUCUUUA